AUGCCACCCAAGAAAUCUGCAUUUGUAGUGGGUAACGAUGGUUUGAUGAAGCUGCUGUUGGUGGCUGUUUCCAUGGCAGCGAUCCUUGGAGUUACCUAUCUUUGGACAGUUCCCAACUCUAUCACGGAUCCGAGGAGACGAAAGCUACCUCCUGGCCCCAAAGGGCUGCCACUGAUCGGGAACAUGCUCGAUCUCGCUGACUCUGAUGACGUUCAGAAUAAAGUACGCAAAUGGCACCGGCACCACGGCGAUAUUUUUUACACAAAGAUUGGUGGUUCUGACUACGUCUGGCUGUCCUCCCCGAAGGUCGUCAAAGAGCUCAUGGACAAGCGAUCGGCCACCUGGUCUUCCCGGCCACCUCUGCCGCUGGCCCAAGAUGUCGCAAGUGGAGGUCUCCGACAGCUCUUCAUGUCAUACGGUCCCCGCUGGCGUCAGCUUCGAAAGCACACCCAUGCGCUGCUGAAUCUGAACUCUUCUCUCAAGUACAUGCCCGUUCAAGACUUUGAGUCAAAACAGGUCCUGCGCGACCUUCUAGACAAUCCCAAGGAGUGGUACACUAUCAACCGUCGCUACUCUACGUCUGUAAUUAUGCUGGUUACCUACGGUCAUCGGGUGCCGAAUUUCGAUGAUCCGAUGAUUAAGAAGAUUUAUACUGUUCUGGACAACAUGACUUGGACCACUGCCCUUGGUGCCCAUGCCGUCGACAGCUUCCCGUCUCUUUCUUCCUGGCCUGAGGUCUUCUUUGGCCACUGGCGCAGCAAGGCUAAGAAAAUAUUCGAACAUGACAGCAAGGUUUAUCUUGAGCUCUGGGAACAACUGAAGAAAGAAGUCGAUAGUGGCACGGCUAGGCAGUGUUUCUGCAAGGACUUCUAUCUUUCUGAUCCUAGUAAACACAACAUCGACGACCUUCAAGCAGCUUACGCGUGCGGCGGUAUGAUUGAAGCUGGGUCAGAGACUACCGCAACAUCAAUUAAUAAUUGGGUCCUGUGUAUGCUUCUCUUCCCAGAUACUUUCAAGAAGGCUCAACAAGAGGUGGAUAAAGUUGUAGGCAAGGAUAGACUUCCACAAUGGGAGGACGAGAAAGACUUGCCUUAUGUUCGGGCUAUGAUCAAGGAACUCCUACGUUAUCGUCCCGUGAACAAAUUCGGUAUGCAUCAUUAUACCUCUGAAGACGAUUGGUACGAUGGCAUGUUUAUUCCCAAGGGAUCAUGGGCCAUUUUAAAUUGGUGGGCCAUUCAUCGCGACCCUUCACUCUUCCCCAACCCAGACGUUUUUGAUCCGUCAAGAUAUCUCGAUAAGCCUCUAGCUGCUGCCGACUACAUCAAUACGAGCGAUCCUGAUGCUCGCGAUCAUUUCACCUACGGGGCGGGUCGCAGGGUAUGUCCUGGUGUGCACGUUGCCGAACGAUCACUCUUUAUUAAUAUCGUUCGCGUGAUUUGGGGCUUUAACAUCACCAAGGCUAAAGGUCCUGACGGUAGGCUUAUUGAGCCCACAACUGCUAUGGUCCCUGGAUUCUUGAGUAUUCCUGAACCCUUCGAUUGCGACUUUGUACCCAGAUCUGCUAGGCAUGUCAGGAUUAUGAGAGAGGAGUUUACAAAGGCAGAGGUAAUUGGGAUCUAG